GCGCUGACGGGGCCCGGGGGCCGGCGGGCGCUGCUGCGGAGUGGGCGACGCCUCUCGUCCUCCCGGCCGCCCUCCUCCUCCUCCUCCUGCUCGCUGCCCCUGUCCUCCCUCCCGCCUCUCCUCCGCUUCCCGUCCCCCCCCCGCGCCCGGUGCCCGCGGUUCCCGGCGCGGACACAACAUGGCGGCGGUGUCGGGGGCCGCGGCUGCGGGCGGCUCCGCCAACGCCGGGGGCCCGGAGAUGGUGCGGGGCCAGGUGUUCGACGUGGGGCCGCGCUACACCAACCUCUCCUACAUCGGCGAGGGGGCCUACGGCAUGGUGUGUUCUGCCUACGAUAACGUCAACAAAGUUCGAGUUGCUAUAAAGAAAAUCAGUCCUUUUGAGCAUCAGACAUACUGCCAGAGAACUCUGAGAGAGAUUAAGAUCUUACUGCGCUUCAGGCACGAGAAUAUUAUUGGAAUAAAUGAUAUUAUCAGAGCUCCAACUAUUGAGCAAAUGAAAGAUGUAUACAUUGUGCAAGAUCUCAUGGAGACAGAUCUUUACAAGCUGUUAAAGACUCAACACCUCAGCAACGACCACAUUUGUUACUUCCUUUACCAGAUUCUGAGAGGAUUAAAAUAUAUCCAUUCAGCCAAUGUGCUUCAUCGCGACCUCAAACCUUCAAAUUUGCUGCUUAACACCACUUGUGAUCUCAAGAUUUGUGACUUUGGACUGGCUCGUGUUGCAGAUCCAGACCAUGAUCACACAGGAUUCCUGACAGAAUAUGUGGCCACACGUUGGUACAGGGCUCCUGAAAUCAUGCUGAAUUCUAAGGGUUACACCAAGUCUAUUGACAUCUGGUCAGUAGGCUGUAUUCUGGCAGAGAUGCUCUCCAACAGACCUAUCUUUCCAGGAAAACACUACCUUGACCAACUUAACCAUAUCCUUGGCAUACUUGGAUCCCCUUCCCAAGAAGAUUUGAAUUGUAUAAUAAAUUUAAAGGCCAGAAACUAUUUGCUUUCCCUACCACACAAAAACAAGGUACCAUGGAACAGGCUGUUUCCAAAUGCUGACCCCAAAGCACUUGAUUUGUUGGAUAAAAUGUUGACCUUUAAUCCUCAUAAGCGAAUUGAAGUGGAGCAAGCUUUAGCCCAUCCAUAUCUGGAGCAGUAUUAUGAUCCAAGUGAUGAGCCUGUAGCUGAAGCACCCUUCAAGUUUGAUAUGGAGUUGGAUGACUUGCCGAAGGAAAAGCUGAAAGAAUUGAUUUUUGAGGAAACUGCUAGAUUCCAGCCAGGAUAUCCAUCUUAAAUUGUGCAUAGGACAAGGACUUAAAGGACUGGGCAUGCUCAAACGUUGCUGUUCCUCUUCCCAGUUCUUUAUUGUUGGUCAUGUCUUGUGGCCUCUCUCAGCUUAUCCACUAACUCCUUUGAGCCAUUCAGGAGGGCAGUUCCUGGUAGUUUUGGCUUUUCAUGCUUUCAAUGAAUCUUUUAAGCCUGAAGAAUUGUAAUUGACACUCCUAUGCGUAAUGCCCAUUGUUGACCUGUUGCAGUACUGUACUGUAAGUGCACCUACUGCUGGCCGUGUUUUAACUGCUUGCUUUCUGGUUUGAAAGAUGCAGUGGUUCCUUUCACUCCUGGAUCAAUAUCCAAGAAGAUAAUUCAUUAACCGAUAAGAAGUUUACACCAUGAACUAUGUUUUUCUGACUUUACUGAAGUCGCUGGCAUUUUUUUUAGAAAAGCUACUAUUCAGGGCACUUUAAGUCAGUGACAUCCCAGAUUUUUUUUUGCACUUCCUUUUUAAAUAGAAAUGGUUAGCAUCCAGUGGGGUUUAUACCAUUAUGCUAUGGAUUACAGCAUAAGUCGUGUUCAUGUUAAUCUUGCUUAUGCACUUGUUUGGGUGUCCUGUGCUGUACAUAUAGGUAUUCUAUACAGCGUAAUAGCCACAUAGGAACCCAUCUUAACUGAGUUCAUCUAGGAAACAUUUUUCCGUGUAUUGACAAAACUUGUACCUUUUCUCCCUGCCUUUUUUAAUAGAUCAUUUAAAGUUUAACCAUGUUGGAGGCGUAGUACUUCCAAAGUUCAUACCAUAUAGUAGUGUUUAUAAGACUUGUGCAAAGAGAAUGAGUGGCAGCUCGCCAACUUAUAUUUAUUCACCGUGUGGUGGAAGAUUAGCAAAGAACAUAAUGGCAUGAUGACCUACAGGUGAAUGCUUUUCGUUGUGGAAGGCAUCUGAAUGUGGUGGUAAGCGAGAAACCAAAACAUGAUGUUAAUAAACUCAGUCUACAUACUGCAUACCAAUGAAAUGCUUCAAAUGAGGAUUGAUAGUUUUACAUUUUAAUCAUUGACAUUCAGAAUUCUUGCAGAGAGGAACACUGCAUCUUUAAAUGAGAAAGUCUGAAUUUACUUUUGCUCCUACAGCAUGUCAGCAUCUCAAGUUCAUUUCUUGCAACCUACACUAUGGUGAUUUGUAAUCAAGCCUCCAUGAGCUCGUGACAUGAAGUACUGUUCUGUUGUCAAGUACUAUCAAACUUUUCUGAUAAUGCUGAGUUAGGACAACCAAACAAAGCUAGCACUAAAUAAUGUUUAAAAUUGUAUACCUUUUAAUGAUCUUUUCAAGUAUUUGUUACUGAAAUUGUAUAAUGUGGAGUUUACUAGGUGUUAUGUUCCAGUGCAGUGCCUCCUUUUCUUUCCCCACUGCUCUCUGUGGUGAGAAAUUUGCCUUGUUUAAAAUAAUUACUGUGCCCUCGCAUGACUGUUAAAGCUUUCUGUGCAAAGAUGAUUGUCUAAGUGCCACAUGCCUAUGAUUGAGAGAAAAAAAAAAAAAUCUAUUGUUACCUCUGAGUUGUGUUCAACUGAAAUGCUAUUCAACAAAUAACUUAGGAAAAAUAGUUCUAUUUUUAGCUUUUCAUAUCUCUGCUGUCUUUUUCUCAUUUUAUUUUGGCAGCAGUGAAGAAUGGAUUGUAUAGACUGCUUGCUAAUAUGAACAAAAUGCACUUGUAAUUCCUGGAAAUAAAUUUAAAUCUUAUAUCUUCACAUUAACAUAAAGAAUUAGUUUUUGGUUUCCUCUUGGGUAAUGUGUUUGAAUGGAAAUCAGGUUCAAUUGCUACUGUAGUAUACAAGGAUGCUUGCUGGUUAAUAACUCCAGGCUUCCUCAUACCACUUAAGUCUGUUUUUCAAAGAAAAGAAAGCCAUUAACUUAGAUUUCAAUAGAUAAGGGUGCUUACAAGAUUCCAUUUCAAAAUUUUCCUUUUCUUAUAGUUUGAGUGUUAGUCUACCAAAACUAAUUUUUAAUAAGCAAGGGUUCAUUUUAAAGGGCAUUUUUGAUUAGGAAGUUCCUAUGGUACAUAAAUCUCUGUUGCGUGGAACGUAUUAGGAACAUUAUCAGGACACUGCACAAGUGAUCAUUGAAUUGUGGUAUGGAACCUAUGCUAAAAACAUUUCUGUAGAAGAAAUAUGCACUUGACUGUUGAUACUAGUGUAGAAAUUUCUUUUGACAUUUCUACACAUCUUUACCAAAAUGCUUUCCUCACUUGGUUUGGAGAAGCUGAAAUAUUUCUAGAAUCUCUGCUACUUGUACCAUCAUCAUUACUACAGGAAUCAUGGUUGGAAAGAUGACUGUUACUGAAAUUAGUUUGUAACACCUCAGUUUUACUUUGUUAAGGAAGAAUUUUGGCAGCUCGUUUCAUCCUUCUUUGCCAGUUAUUUUUUAAUACUUCCUUUAAUUUUGGAUUUUUGGGGAGCUGGAGACUUACCUUUGCAAUCUGUCUCUUGGGAUGAGAAGCCAAGGGUUUGCUUUACCUAACAUCUGGUGCUUUCAGGCUUUCUUCCUUAGCUAUCCUGCUGAAUCAAAUUGGCAUCCAUCAGUAUCAGUAACUGCAUUCAUCUAUCUUCUACUGAAUUCAGUACGCAUUGUUAAGAAUUUGUUAAAGCGUCAAGUGCAGAAGUGUAAUUUUUUUUUGUUGGAUUUUGAAAACAGUUUAAAAGAAGGUGCCUAUAACACUGUUAGGUCAGCUAUUUCAUUACUUUAUGUUGAUUUUUUUUUUCCUUUAUCUACUUUUUGUGUUUUUAGAGCAGAGAACCGAAACUCGUAAUUGAAGUAACAUGUAUUUCAUGGUAAAGAUGUUUUGGGAAUAAAGAAUGUAAACAGUUGAUUGUCGAAACAUUCCAACUUUAUAGCUGAAGAAAAAUAUGCAAACAUGAACUUCUUCUGGAUGCUUUGGCAAAGAAGCAUCUUAUUCUGCUAUCCUGACUGUCACCAGAAUCUUCCACAUCAAUAUUACGUAUAUAUAUAGUCUGAAGUGUACAACACACUACAUGGGCCGAGCGGUGUGGUGCACUAUGAGCUUUCAGGAGUAGCAGGUGGUGACAUAACUCAGCAGUGGCCAAAUGAAACCCAAGGAGUUUAGCAUGGUUUUCCUUACAGAAUGGGAGAAAAAGAAAAACCUGUUGUUGCUGCCCACUGUAAUACGUUGUUAUAUUUAUACCAUGUCGAAGUUGUUUGCUGAGCAACUGUACUAUAGAUUUAAACUUUAUUAAUAUAUAUUUGCUUAUGUUAGUGUAGUUUAUAUAGUCCUUGGUUAUUGAUAAAUUUAUUGUGUUGUUACAGCACAGUGAUAUGGUAUAAAUAUAGGUCUAUACAUACACACGAUAUACUCAUGAAUUUGGUCCCUUGCAUAGUACUUUUAUAUUUGUACAGCAAUGUCUUCGAGUAAUCCCGGAUUUUAGGGGAAGUAUUUUUGUAAAUGCAGUGGUUUAAACAGAAAAUCCAAACAAUCCUUUUACUAAGUUUUAAAUUCAUUUGUGGUUCAAAAUGGUUUAGUUAACAAUUGAAAUCAAGACACUAAAUUAGUGAAAAGUGCACAUUAGUAAAGUGAAGCUUACUAUGUUUUUUUUGUAGCAUGUGCUGUGAUCAAACUAAGUGAAACAUUGGAGGAAAUGUAAAAGUUGGACUACCUUUGUAAAUCUAGAACAAAUUUCUAAAGGUUGCAGCUGGAUUACUUACUAUUGUUGCCUUUUCUUGUGUUGUAUCAGUGUAGAGCACUCAAAUACUCAAACUGCUUUGUCUUUGCUUUGUACUGUUGGUGCCUUCUUAGUCAUGUACCCCACAAGUCAUGCAUAGCUAAUUUAGUUAAUGGUAAGUUUAAAAUUUAAGAAAAAGGCAAAGGAAGAUUUUAUAUAAAAAACUAAAAAAAUCAUUUUCUGUAUGUUCUUAUUCAUUGUAACAAUUAAACGUUUAUAUUGUGACAGAUUUGUGAUUUGGUUAAUCUGUAUAGAUCAAUUGUAAGUAGCAAAGGUUUAUAUUUCGUCUUAUUCUUUUAAUGUUGUAAACGUUUGUGAUUUUCUUUUUUAAAUCAGGUAACUUAAUGUUCUGUUUUGUUUUUGGCAUCUGAAACUUGUAAAAACAAAUGCAAAGAAAAUCAUUAAAUUGUGUCCCUGUAUUACCAAAUCAGCAUAGUACUGUGCAUAUAUAAAAAAAAGACUGGAAUUUUGCUUUAAAAUGAGCUGUUUUAUAAAUCAUACGCUGUGUAUUACAUUAGCAUGUCUAAAAAAUGACUGUCACUUGAACAAUGUAGUAGCAAGUAGCCUACAUGAACAUUUUAAAAUACACAAGUGUGUUUGUUUUAGUGUAUGACUAUGCCAGCUUGAAGUUAAAUUAGGGAAGCCAUCCAAAAAAUUACAGGUAAAGUUUACAGACAGGCAGAAGCGCUGUAUCUUUGUAGCAAGAAAGUUUUGAAAGCCAUUGGUAUUUUGAACUAUUGAGCACAGAUUAUUCCAACUCUCUUGAUACUAAUGUAGCUAUAGCCCAUUUCCCAGGAAAUCUUGAAAAGAAUUAUUUGAGCAAUCCUUAAAGACCAAAUGUUUUCAUUUUGCUAUGAAAAAGGUUCUUCUCGGGCCAAGGUUUGAAACAUUCUGUGAUGUCUGGGAGCAGUGCACUGGUACAUCGCUGUACUGGGCUUUAUAUGGUUUUUAUUUUUAUAUUUUUAAGCCUAAAAUCAAGAUGUGCUAAAGAACUGAGCUCUUAAAAGAUGUUAUUGGAUGAUGGCAGCAAAAACUUCUGUAAUUAAUAUGAAAACAGAAAAAUGUGACCUGAAACUAACAAGUGUUUGUCAGUAACUGACAGGUCUGUGACAACUCUAAAAACUGGCUCCUUAAAAUUCAUCUCUGUCCCCUCUCUGGCUUUCACAACGGCGAAUGCAUUUUCUUCCAGAAUAUUACAGAAUUUAAUUUGGCUAUAGAUAGGGUUAUGCAUGUUCAUUUUCACUGACUGUAGCUGCCUUUGUCUUUUUGUUCCUGCUAGCAGUACAUUGCAUUGCAACAUACGUAUUUCCGUGAGUUACUUCAAGGUAUAACAAAAGUGCAGCUUGUCACAGUGGAGGUUUUGACAAGCUGCUGAUUGACUUCGCGCUCUUGUAAUGCUUGUUUAAGUGGGGCUGGUUAAAAUACGCCUAUCUUCUGUGUUCCACCGGAAUCAGACAUUGAUCCUUUGAUCCUUUCUAUCUGAGAGCUUGAAGUGUAAUGGGCAAUCUUAAACUCCUGGAGUCAAAGACUGUAUAGAUGGGUGCUCAGGUCUGUUUGUGUGGGCUGGGAUGUUGUGGUUAGAGCGCCCAGGAAGCUGAACCCCCAGAGCUUGGGGGAGAUGGUACACUCAAAUACAAAGGCUUGUGAGGAACUGCUUUCGAGUAUAAGCCAUGUCUCUGAUGCCAGUACUUUCUCUGCAGACCAAAGAUGCGUGCUUCCUUGUUCUGUACAUUUUCUUUUGCUAUUCCUGCUACUAAUUUGCAUAUACGUAACACUUGACAAGUUUAAAAAAUAAAAGCGUAGAAGAGUUAAAAACUUCAUAGCAUCAAUACGUGCCAUGUCUGUUGAUGGUUAUCUUACUCUCACACAUGAAAUGCGUCAGCUUCAGAAGAGUAAUGCAGCUUGAACUCUGGUUUCUGAGAAGGCUUUGGUUACCCUGCAAAACAAUGUUCUCUCACUUGUACAAGUGCAAGAGGUGACCAGUGUUCAAAUGUGGCUCUGCUCAUGCUGUGUUCAUGUGAAUGCUAAUCUUGGAAGUUAGAUAUGAGAAAUGUUCUGUAAACCCUUUAUCUUUCCAUUUUAUGAAUUACUCACACAACUUCAGGUAUCUUUCACAACUCUUUCAGAACUUUGUCAAUUUUUUCAUUUUUUCAGUAUGUCUUACUAUUUUGACCAAUUUACUUUUCUCUGUCAUCUUAAUUCGAAGUGAAGCUAAAUUCUCAAUUUUUCCAAAAAUCUUUGGGAUUUGUGAGGUUCUGGUGAUAAAUAACAGCUUACUGAUUGUAUUAAUUAAACUGAUGUAAAACCACUGAGGAGGUAAGCAUAAAAAUUAAAAUUGGAAGGUCUCCUGAGAUUCUUCCUGUUGAAAGCAUAGCAUGUGAUCUGGUAACUGUGUUGAUUUCUGGGAAGGCAAUAUAAAAACAUACAAGGAACAGAAAGGGACAAUACAUUUAUGUAAGAUGUGAUGUGAAACCCCAUUCCACUGGGUUUCUUUGUUGCUGUUGGGAACUUAAGCCUGAGAUUCAACAGACCCUGGUUCAAAUUCUUCCCUUUUUGACUCCAAAUCUUUUUUUAAUGCCUUGUGAGUACUGGAAACUCCUUGCUACUUUUCUAAAAUUGCCUCUCAUCUUCCUCGCAACACACACACACUUACAAGUAGCUUAUGUUUGCGCAGGAAAGGUGGUCAAAUGAUUUUUUUUUUUUCUGAUUCUGCGGAAAGGAGCAAGAAAUACCUUGCCAGCAUGUUGGGUUUCCAGUAUUUUCUCAUCUAAAAAUAUUGAGUUAAAUACUCUUGUUUAUCUUGUGAGUCUUCCUUUGCAUUUGUAUGACACAACUGUAUUAGCUUGUCAACUGAAGUACUACUACUCUAUGUCUCCUUCCAUUGCUGCUUGGACUGAGCUGACCUUUAAUCUUGCUGAGUUAUUACUGUCUUCCAGCAAUGCUUCUCUUCCUCAGGGUUUAUAGGCUUCAUGAUGGCAUUUUUUUCCCAGGUCCUUUAACUGCUACAACUUCAGUUCUUUUCUUUCUUUUGCUGGCUGUAGCUCACGUACAGUCUCCAAUUUUUUUAUUAUUUUUUUUAUUUUUAUUUUUAAACCGGAGCCCCAGACCCAGCUGUGCUUCAUGGAGCUGGGCCCUGGGUACCAGCAGCUGACUUACGGCCUGUUGGUUACACUCCAACCACUGGCUUUAGGGAGGAAACGUGCACAGGACAAUGCAGCUCCCCUCCUGCGGUCACUGUAGUGCCUGGGGUAGCACCAGCGAAGUUGCACAGUACAGUGAUCUCUUAAUUCCACCUUACAAUUUUAAUGCCAACCUUGAACACGCAACCCAGAAAUAACAACGGAAAACUGUUUAAAACUGUUCUAGUCUCUCUAGCUAUGAUGCAUUCUUUCACGCUUCUAAAAACUAUUUCAAAAUUUCUAGGAAAAAAUAGUAAAACCCAAAGCUGUAAGAGAAUAGCAUACUUAAAAUAUAUAUAAUGCUAUUACUGAAAAUGACUUAAGAUGCUUUUGUUCUUAUGUCUAAAACUAAAUGGCUUCUGAAGAUGUUUUUCUGCCUUAAAACUGCAAAUGCAAAAAUGCUGAAUAUUCAGAAUUUUGGUUUGAGAUUUACUGAAUUGAUUAUAUCACAAGUGAGUGGAACAAUUCAGGGGAAGGUUUUUUAGUCAAGCCUUUCUCCUAGUUCACCUUUAAUUUCAAUAGCUAUCACUUGAGAGAAAAUUUAGGCUAAAAAACCUUUCUAUAUUCCUGGAAGUGUUAAAACUCACAGGUAUUCUAGCUUGUAGUUGAGACAUCUUAGACUCAAGUUCUAAACAGUUUGUUUUUUUUUUAAUGUUCUGUUCUUUUAAAAAGCUCUGCUAGUUCUUGUACAUGUAUAUACUUUUGCAGGCUCAUUGAAUAGUUAGGCCACACCAAUGUGGAGGGAACAGACUUUUGCAGGCCAGUUUACACACUCAAAAGUACUUACCUGAUCAUUGUUGGUGUCACUAGCUGUAUUUGUUUGCUCUCAUGCAGUGUGUAUGCAGCCUUUGAGAGAAAGGUGGGGAUUAAGGAAAAAACAGACUGGUCAUUUCUUAAGUAUUCUUUUGUAGUUAAGCUUAUAAAUUAAGCUUGUUUUUGAGGGUGGUUUGGUAUGCUGGGAGAACUGUAUUAAGCUGUUUUUGCAGCUGACUUGAUGACAUUUCUCUAACUAUAAUAUGCUGUUAUUCCAGCAUGGCAAAGGUCUGUAAUUCAUGUGUGCCCAACGUAAUCACUGGUUUUCUUCUUGUGACAAUAAAUGGCAUUGUACCAAAAGUAAUACAUCCUGUGUGUAGUUAGUAGUGGAAAUAAUUACUGUGCAGGUUUUAUUUUCACUGUUUUUCCAGCAGUUGCCACUAGCAUGGAUUUUGUGCAUUGACAGUUGCUCCAGGCUAUUAAAGAUGGUUGGUUUGUUUUGUGUGUGUGUGUUUUGCUUUUUUUGUGUGUGUGUCUGUGUGUGGAGGGGGGAGAGGCAGGGCAGGGAGCAUCCUGAAUAAUAUGUUUGCUUUCUGUAAGUUGCUGCUGUACUUUGAAGCAGAAAAGGGUUGCAUCUGAUGCUGCAAUAAAGUUGUUUUCUUCUGAGUCUUAUCAUCAGAAUACAUCUAGAACUAGAGAGUUUCUUCAGAAAUGCUCCUCCACGUUUUUCCUCUUGAGAAAGGCCCAGGCUCAACACCAGCAUCAUUAGAGCCAAGGAUUAUAAGACAGCAGAAGGGCUUUUUUCUCUGCUUGAUUUUGGGAUUCUGCUAAGCUACACUAAGCCUUAUUAGAUCAUGGCACUGUAAAAAGACUUCUGGAAUGCUGCAACUGGUUUUGCUCACCACCUACUUAACUCCAGACCAGAUGAGAACACACAGGCAAUAUGCAAUGCAUGGGAACUCUCUAGUCUUAAGUUCUGUCCCUCCUGACCUCUCAGUAGCAAUUCUGCACUACUGGCUCUGCAAGUAAAUCUGCUCUGAAUAACUUUCCUUUAAAAGAGGGAAGCUUUUCCUUUCUGGGUGCUCAAAAGGACAAGGUAUUAAGAUAGUUAUCUCCCCACCACUUGCAUCUGACUACUAGUGUAUAGUACUCAUCAUACCGAAGUAUCACUUUACAAGAAAGAAAGAAAGAAAUAACGGGUGCAUUCUUUUCAACGUGUAUAUUCCUCCUUGCUUUCAGAGUCUGUAGAAAAAUACCUACUUUUGGUUAUAACUGAAUAGCUUUUCUGCAUUGUGUGCGCACUUUUCUCCGCUGUCUCCUACUCUUUAGAUGUGACUUAUUUUACUGCUAAUGGUGUUACAAAAACUGUAGUACUACAGGUGUCAUAUGGUAACUUGUAAAUAAAAUUACUGUAAACACA